AAGGACUGACUUGCCUGACUAAAAUCAUGAGACAAAUGGGUAGCAGGAGUAAUCCAAUGAUCUUUCUACCUAAAUAAGAGAAGACUAAGAAUAGGAGACAGUGUGAAAGAAUGUUGUGAAUACCAAAAUACUCAUAGAUAAUAAAAUGGAUGAUUUAAGGAGUAUACUAUGGGUAAAGUUUUAAUAUAUAUUCUUUAUAAGAGGCAUUAAAUUGUCUUCUGCUGUUUGGUUGUGUGAAAGGCUAUGGGGAGUCUCAAUACCACUUUCAGAGAGGGCUUCAUUUUGGUGGGCUUUUCAGAUUGGCCUCAACUGGAAGUUUUCCUUUUUGUCUUUAUUUUUAUUUUCUACUCUCUAACUCUUUGUGGCAACACCACUAUCAUUGCUCUCUCCCAGCUGGAUAUUCGACUGCGAACACCCAUGUACUUCUUUCUCUGCCACCUCUCUUUCCUGGACCUCUGCUACACUACCAGCACUGUGCCUCAACUGCUGGUCAAUCUUCAAGGACCCGACCGGACCAUCAGCUAUGGAGGGUGUGUGGCCCAGCUUUUCAUUGUCCUUGCCUUAGGCUCAACGGAGAGUGUUCUCUUGGUGGUGAUGGCCUUUGAUCGCUAUGCUGCCAUCUGUCGUCCACUCCACUACAUGACCAUUAUGUACCCCCAUCUCUGCCAGGCAUUGGCUGUUGUCUCCUGGUUGGGAGGUUUCAUAAACUCUUUGAUUCAGACAGGUCUUAUGAUGGCCCUACCUCUCUGUGGCCUUCACUUAAAUCAUUUUUUCUGUGAGAUGCCUGUAUUCCUGAAGUUAGCUUGUGAAGACACAGAAGGAACAGAGGUAAAGAUGUUUGUGGCCCAAGCCAUAAUCUUGAUCUUUCCUGCAGCACUAAUUCUUGUCUCCUAUGUACACAUAACUAAGGCAGUGCUGAAGGUCAAGUCAAUGGCUGCACAGAGAAAGGCUUUUGGAACUUGUGGGUCUCACCUGCUUGUGGUUUCCCUUUUUUAUGGCUCAGCCAUCUACACAUAUCUCCAGCCCAUUGACAGUUAUUCUGAGAGUGGGGGAAAGUUUGUUGCUCUUUUUUAUACUAUUGUUACCCCUAUGCUCAAUCCUCUGAUUUAUACCUUAAGGAACAAAGACGUGAAGGGGGCUCUGAAAAAGCUACUAGGGAGAGUCAGAUACUAAGUGUAGGAGGGAAGGGAGGACCAAUGAUUUUCUGAAAUAGCUCUCAGACAAUGGAACCCAUUUUAUAGUUGGUAAAUUUUACGUUGAAUG